AUGGCACGUGUUACAGUCGUUCCUGUCAUGCUGAUAUUAAGUUUUUUCCAGCGUAAGGCAUUAUUUUCCACUAGCCUGGCAAGUGGACAACCAGAUGUAGUGGAUGCUCUUGGACUACAUAAUGUUCUGCGGAUUACCAAGCAUGAGUCGAGAGUUAUUCUGUCCUGGAACAAUAACCUGACAAAAGAAGAAACUGAGAAGUACACUGUGAAGUAUAUCUUAAGUUAUAAAUUCUUCAAUACCACUUAUGAAAGGAAAGAAAGACUGCAGGGGAAGAAAAAGAUAAUACGUCUUGAGUUACAUUCUGGUUUUAAUGCCAAAGUUAAAACACAACUUUUUGCAAAAGAAACAGAAGACGUAAUUAAGGAGAGUGGCUGGACAGAAUUUACUUACAAGGCACCUCCAGUAUAUAUUCAGAAUCUUUCAUGCAUCAUAUAUAACAUUUCUUCUUUCAAUUGCAUCUGGCAUAUUAAAGCAGAAGCUCCUGAAGAUAUCCAGAUCUUUUUUUCAUACAGACACGUAGGAAAAGAUUUUGAAUGCCAGCAAUAUAUAAAAAAUGCAGGGAAGAAAAAUAUUGGAUGCCAUAUGAAAGAAAUGUAUUUCCAACCAUCAAGAAAAAUCAAUUUAAACAUAACGGUAAGAGAUCUGAGAAAUAAAUCAAGAGGACUGUCUUAUUACAAAGCUUUUACACCUCAAAGAAUAGAGAAACUGAACCCGCCGAUCAACAUUUCAGUUUCCCUUGAAAGCAGAAGUAUUAAAAUUCACUGGAAACCCCCGCCUACUAUUGGUUCUGCGAGUAACAAGUGCUUUUUGUAUCAAGUGAAAAUAACAGAUCGUAAGAUUGUAGAUGUCACUGCAGAGAAAUAUGAGUACCCGUUUCAUAAGCCAGCAAAAAAAUGUGCAGCACAAGUGAGGGUAAAGAAAGAGAUAUGCAUAAGAAACAAGAUUUGGAGUGAAUGGAGUGAACCAGUGUUUAUUCACGAUGAAAAGGCAGUGGACGUCAUGCUGCUAAGCCUCACGUUGUUUUUUCUCCUGAUUUUCCUUGGAGGUUUGCUGAUAUGUACAUGUAGAAGGUAUAGAUGUCUGGAAGUUAUAACCAUGCCUGUUCCACAUCCUUCAGAUAAUAUCAGAACUUGGUUAUCUGCAGAUGAGACUCGCCACCAGAAACAAAUAUCAGUGCAAAUGAAGAUGCACUCAGAGAUUACUAUGGGGAUACCAGAAGAGAAUGGGGACGAGAACAUUCAACAACAGAAAUGUUUGAAGGAAUUUGGAUUAGAAGACCUGCAGGGAUGA